GGAUCAUCCGCGCAGCUUUGGUCUGCGUCCGCGCUUCACACCGCUGCUCGCCCGUUUCCAGCGAGAAACCCGCAGCGCUGCGCUUACCACUGGUUCUCAGCGAAGCGCGCGAAACCAGGCCGCCGCGCGCCGUCGCUGCGCCGAGAGCAGGGGAGACGCUUUUUGAAAGCAAAGCAGAGCCGCGCGCCCGCGGCGUCGUGAGCCUCACCGCUCGCGCCGCACGCGACCCACCAGACAGAUAGAAAUCAAAACCGCGAAACCGGAGCCCCACUGAGCAACCAUGUCCCAGAUCGAGAAGCUCGCCAUACGAGGCAUCCGCGCCUUCUCGCCGGACAGAGAACAGGCCAUCGAGUUCGAGUCGCCGUUGACGAUGAUCGUCGGCGCGAACGGCUGCGGCAAGACGACCGUGAUAGAAUGCCUCAAGUUCGGCACGACGGGCCAGGCCCCACCUGGUUCAGCGAGUGGUAAGGCCUUCGUGCACGACCCGAAGGUGACGGGUGUUUCUGAAGUGAAAGCUCAACUCAAACUAAGGUUCAAGAACUAUGGAGGGCAACGCAUGGUCGUCGUCCGGUCCAUGCAGUUGACACAAAAAAAAACAACAGCCACCUUCAAGCAGCUCGACGGCGUGAUUCGCGCGACGAAACCCGACGGUUCCAAGACGUCCUACACGCACAAGUGCGGCGAGCUCGACAAGACGGUGCCCAUCAUGAUCGGCGCGAUCUCCGCGUUUUGACGUGUUGCGGGGCCUUCACUUUGUUGCUGGGACUCGUAUCAUGUCGUGGGUGGUUUCAUUUUUUGAUUUUGGGGCCGUUUCGCGCGCAGGCGUCUCGCGAGCGGUGCUGGAAAGUGUCAUCUUCUGCCACCAGGAGGAUUCGAGCUGGCCGCUGCAGGAGGGCGCGGUGCUCAAGAAGAGGUUUGACGACAUUUUCGAUUCGGCGCGCUACACGAAGGCUCUGGACGUGCUGAAUAAACAAAAAAAAGGUCUGGCCUCGAAGGCGAAGGACAUUUCGGGCGAUCUGAAGGGUCUGCACGCCGACAAGGUGGCCGCCCAGGACCACCUCAAGCGCAAGGCGUCCGCCGAGAAAGCUAUACAAAGUGCGGAUGCGUCGAUAAAGGCUUGUGACGAUAAACAAGGAUCAUUGCGAGAUGAGAAAAGUCGUAUUAAUGAUAAAUUGAGAAAGCUGCAAGCGCAGGAGCAGGGCCUCCAGGAGUGCCGGGCGGAGGUCGACGGGCUCGAGCGGUCGCUGAAGUACCUCGAAGAGAGACUAGCUGAUAGCGCGCUGAUGGACGAGGACGACGACGUCCUCGCGGCGACGGUACUGAUUGCGGCGUCCUUGAUGUGACUCGUAUCUCACACACGAUGACGUGACGUCGCACGCAGGCGGCGCGCUUGCAGGAAGAAGAAGAUUCCCAGUUCGACAUCAUUCGUAAGUUGGAGCGGGAGGAGGGGAAGCAUCGGGAGCUGGCCGAGCAGGCGCGGAAGGAGGCUUCCAGGGUUGACGGCGAAAAAGGGUCCGCCGAGGCGGAAAAACGGCGCGGCGAGGCGGAAGUGUCGGACCUGCGCGACGCGCUGGCCGACGCCAAGGGCGACCUCGACGACACCUCCGAUGCGUAUGCUAGACUAUCGCAAGCUCUGAGUAGUUCAGAACCGCUGGAUCGCGACGUGGCCGCGCUAGUCCAGAAAACACUAGAAACAAAAGGUGAAGAACUUGCGAAGGAGGAGGCGGAGACCGAAAAACAGGCCGACGAGGCGUUGAGGAGGGAGGAAAGUGUCGUCGCGGAGAAGCGCAACGCCGUCGAGGGCGCCGCGGACGAAGUGGCCGCGCUUGCGCCGAAGGUACUGAUCUCGGCGUCCCGCGGUGCUGCGGCGCCUUCACGCCAUCGAUGCGACUCGCCUCCAUCAGACGAGGCCUUGGGUGGUCUCGUUUGUGAUUUUGAGCGCAUUUCGGGCGAGAUCGUGACUCGAUACAUAUCACACAGGUGGCCGACGCCGAGCGCGCGCAACGCGAGGCCGACGACCAGUUAAGGAAGCUGCGGAACGCCACCGACGCCUCAUUAACCCAAGCGAAGAAGAAGGUCGAGGACCAGGAGAAGAGGUUAAGUGACUUCCGUUCAGAGAGAGGUGCCAAGACGCAUGAUACGGUCAUCAAGAAGUGCGUGGAAGAUGAACGGCGCCUGGCUGAUGAAAUCGAGGAGACGAACCGGAGUCUGGGCCUGCUCGAGGGCAACGAGGACGACGAGCGCGAGCUCGGCGUGCUCGAGCACGCGGCGACGCAGGCAUGCUCGCGGCGUCUCUUCAUGAAUCGUCUCCGGGAAUGAUGGACGUGGGUGGUCUCGUUUUCGAUUUUCGAGCGACCGCGAUGUUCCGCGCAGGCCCUCGAUCGCUUCUCGGAGGCCUACUCGCGGGACGCCGCGGACCUGCGAGAAGCCGCCGAGGACUACGAGCAGGAUGGCGGGAGCGGCGCCGUCGUGCCGGAACCUCCACCCGUAGAGGAUGGCCCGGAGUUCGCCGAUCGCCUCAAAAGUCUCAUUUCUUCGGCUAAAUCGCGGUUGGACGACGCGUCGAAGACCGCUUCCCAGAGGAACGCGUCGACGACGGCCGACGAGCGCUCGGCGCAGCAGGCGGAAGCGUCCGCCCGCGCUUCACAGAGAGAAGCGUCGCGCGCGGUCGAUGCCUUACCGUCCGACACGCGUGCCAAGCUAGCCGCCAUCAAGAAAAAAUGUGCAGCUCUGCGAGAUGCGGAGAAGGACGCCGCGCAACACCUCGAUGAGGAUGCGGAGACCGAGGACGACGUCAAAGCUGUCGACGAGCUCUACAAGGCUGCCGAGGAUUUAAAUGUCUUCGAGUGGGCGCGCAUCGACAAAGGGGACGACGACCUGGCCUUGGAGACGCUCGUCGCGACGCCCCUGGCGCAGAGCAAGCCGGACGCCUUCCAAGCGACGGCGACCUUCGUCCGAGGCAUCGCUAGUGUCGUGGCGCGUCGGAAGGAGUCCGCGACGCUGCUGCCGGGAGCCAUGGAGUAUCUCCUCGACAAAGUGCGCACGAAGCCGAACAAACACACGGGCUGCAAGAUGUGUCCCGUGCGGUGUGGAAAUCAACCAGUGCGUCGGGUGCCGGCAUCGCCACGCCAUGAACGCGCCGUAAAAUGUUGAUGUCCACGCAGGUCCCGUCUGCAAGCGCGACUUCGAAGAUAAUGAAGAGGCCCAGAAGACGAUCGACCGCCUCGACAAGGUCGUGAAGAAGCACGCGCAGGGCGUCGGCGCCGCUUUUACGGAUCUCACGACGUCGUGCGCCGAGAUCCAAGGUGAGUUGGACGCGCUCGAGCCGCAGUGGCGCGCCUGGGUCGCGACGCUGCAGAAGAAAGUUUUAGCUGAAAAAGAUGUGGACGACAAAAGAAGUGCCGCUUCUUCCGCUUCGGAUGCGGCCAAGGAUGCCGCUAAUUCUUUGAGGGAUGCGGAAGCAUCAUCAGUGAAGGCUUCCUCGAGCUACGACAAGGCGUGCCACUUGGCGGAUCUCGGAGCGAGUUUGCGCGACGCGGUCCACGCGCGCGACGCAAAAAAAGAAACUUUGGAUAGGGUCGCGCAGGACGCCGGGACCGGUGGGAGGCGGUCUCGCAGAGAUAUUACCCGAGAUUUGAAACGCUUGCAAGAUGAAAAGGAGGCGGCGGUGAACAAGCGGGCGCAGGUUACACUCGGUGUCUGUUAACUUCGCGUCGAUGGCGUCGCGUCGACGGCGCCCGGCGCCACCCGCACGCCAUCGCCGCGACGCACCACAAAUGACACCGUAACUACACAUAGGCCGAAAAGGACAAGGCCGAGGGCCUCCAGCAGGAGAACGCCAUGAUCUCGCGCAAGGCCGAGGCGUCCAAAGCUGUAAGUGAUCUCGAGCAGCAGCUCGCCGAGAAGCGGCGCUGGGAAGCUUCCCGGGACGACGCCGCCAAGACGAAGCGCGACUGCGAGAAGCGCGAGAAGGACAUCAAGGCCGACGCGCCCCAGCGCAAAGCUGCCUUAGAUAAGGCUAAACGUGAUCAAGAAGAGGCCACUUCCCAAUGGACGGCGCGGAAGAAGAAGGCUCGUUCCAAAACGAACGGCGCGAAAGCAGCUGCGUACGCCGUGAAACAAGCCGUCGCGCAAGCCUCGAGGGGCGACAAGCGCAUCGCCGACGCCGAGAAGACCCUGGCGGAAUUACAAGAGACGAAGGCGCGCUUCGAAAGAGACGUGGCGGAGGCGGAAGAUGCGGCCGCGGACGUCAACGCCCAAAUCGCCGACGCGUCGAAGUCGGAAGAUACUAGGAUGUUGGAGAAGAAGGAGGUCGAGGGUGCGUGAACAGUGUGGAAAUCAAAUUUCGAUGCGAUGUUGUGACUGCGUCGGCUCGAUGGCGUCGACGCGUGUCGCGACGCUUCCGUUCCCGCGCAGGCGUCCUCGAGUAUAGAGCCCAGCAGAAGAAGAAGGAGGCCUGCGAAGAGAAAUUGAGGCGGGCCAAGGACCAGGAACCUGAUCAGGAUGAUGAAUUUGCCGGUCGAUCGCAGCAGGACCUUAGUCGUCGGUUAUCGAGGAUCACGCAAGAGCUGGAAAGGGUCGCGGCCGAGAAGGGCGAGCACGAAGGGCAACGGAAGCAGGCGCGCGAAGUGGCGCGCGAGCACGCGAACGACCUCGCGACGGCGCGCUACAAAGGUGUGGAAGAGCGGCAUAGAAGGGCCAUGAUCGACAAGGAGACGACCGAGAUGGCUUGUAAAGAUGUGGAUCUCGGCGUCCCGUUGUGUAGAGAUGCCUUCACGCCAUCGACGCGACUCGUGUCCAUCUCACGAUGACGUGGGUGGUUUCUUUUUCGAGUUUGAGGCCGUUCGGAGACCGCGAUGCUCCACGCAGGUCGAGCACUACUGGACGGCCCUCGACAAGGCCCUGGGGUCCUUCCACCGCUUGAAAAUCGAAGAAAUUAAUCGUAUUAUUAAGGAGUUAUGGUCGGUCACGUACAUGGGCGAAGAUAUAGAUACGAUCGAGAUUGUUUCGGGGGAGGACAACGGUUCUAAAAGAGCUGCUCGUUCCUAUAACUAUCACGUGCGCAUGCGCAAGCAGGGUGCUGCCUUAGAUAUGAAGGGGCGGUGUUCGGCCGGGCAGCGGGUGUUGGCUUCUAUUGUUAUUAGGUUGGCUUUAGCUCAGACGUUCUGCAUCAAGUGCGGCAUUCUGGCGUUAGACGAGCCGACCACAAACCUAGACGAGGCCAAUCGCCGAAGUUUAGCGCAUGGUCUUUCGAGGAUCAUCGCGGACCGCGCGCGGCAGUCGAACUUCCAGCUCGUCGUGAUUACUCAUGAUGAAGAAUUUAUCGCCACGCUACGCACGGAGAUGGCGGCCCAGGCGGGCGCGUCCAUGCCCGAGCACUACUGGCGCAUCAGUCGGGAGGAGGUCGGCCAGGGCAAGUUCUAUAGCAAGAUCGACAAGAUCCCCAUGGACCAGCUGCAGUAGUAGGUCUUUCCUAUAUCCCUGUGUAACGAAACGUGAAACUA